AUGGCAUCCUACAGCACACAAUACUACACUGCCGCGGCAGUACCCAUUCCCAGCAAAGCGGAUCAGUACCAACAGUACUACCAGAGCGGUGGCAGCAACUACUCUGUGUCUCCGUCUGAAGAUGACCAGCGCGAGCGUGACGCCUCCGUCACCUCUGGUGUACCUUCUUACGGAAACAGCAGCAACGCCGCGAGUUAUGCUACUAGCUACACUAGUGGCGACUAUGGCGAUGGAACACAGAGCGGUGGCUCUGUUAACGGCGUUGAUUUCAACGAGUACAUGCAAAAUCGCUUCGACGAGUCCUUCGAUCCCAUCCCGCUAGAUCGCAGCUUAGCUCGCCAGGCCCAGACUUCCGGUCAACUCAAUAACAAGCACCGCGAACUUUUAGAAAUGCAAGCAAAAGCGCAAGCUCGUCUAGCUAGGUCGCGCGCUCGCUUCCAGCAAGGUCUAAAUGACGCGCGAGAAGUCCAUGCUGAUCUAGAAUGGACAUCUAAGAAAGUAUCGUCGUUAAAAAAGAAGGCAGAGAAGCACCAUCCCAAGGAAUACCAGAAGGCGCUCGAAAUAUAUCCCUCGCCCAACUAG